AUGUCCCACACCCCGCUCUCCGCCCCGGCUCCCUCAGGUCCCCCUCAACCUCCUCCUCUCGUCCUCAAGACCAUCCUAAUCGGCGACGCCUCAACCGGCAAGACCUGCCUCCGCCAGCGCUUCGUCAACGGUGGCUUCAGCCUCGCCUAUCGCGCGACGAUUGGAUGCGACUUCUUGAGUCGGAAAUGGAGGGUGGAGAGGGAUGAGGAGGGGAGGGAGGAAGUGAGUUUGCAGGUGUGGGACACGGCGGGCCAGGAACGCUUCCGCUCGCUCGCCCCCGCCUUCUACCGCAACUCAGACUGCUGCAUUCUCGUCUACUCUCUCAUCUCGCCCCUUCCGCCUUCCCAAGUUGCCUCUUCCAUCCGAACAUGGUUCCUCGAGUUCGCCGCCAAGUGCCCCGUCCCGGAAGACGAGGACGAGCGGAGAAAGUUUUGCUGGGUUUGCGUCGGGACUAAGGCGGAUGAGCUUGCUGAGCGGGGAGAAGAGGGGGAGAAACAGGCGAAGGAGAUUCAGGAUGCGGUGGAUAAGGUGUUGCAGGAGCUGAUGCCGAGAGGGAGGAAGGGCGCGAGGCGGAGAAGUGAAGGGAAGACGAUCCUCCCGAAGGUCAGCGUCGAGGUGUUACCUCCGCCAGACAAGGGCGGAAAGCUGAAGAAGCGACGACUGCCGCGGGUUCAAGUCGGCGACCAGAAGACGGAACUUGCACCCUCGGCCUCCUCAGCGUUGGGUGCACCCAACGGUUCUGCGGCAGUCAAGGUCUCCGCCUCUUCGACGACGCCCACCGACACCGAUUCUCCCUGUGCCACCGCUUCCACCGCCUCUACAGCCUCCACUCCUCCAGCCUUCGAGCUCGACGAACCCAUACCCGACCUCCUCGUCGCAACCUCUCCUCCUUCAGCGCCCUUACACUUCGGUCGGGCCGGCGCUCCUCCAGCCAUCUACGAAGGCGGGCCGUACAAGGACCCGGACGGGCAUAUCAUGCAGCGCGAAGAUCUCGAGGACGACAGCAUGCGGCCGGAUCAUCGCAAUGGAGAGGCGGGCGACGAGGUCGUCCAGGACGAGCCGGUGGAGCAGGAAGAGGAGGACGAGGUGGCGCGCUUCAUGAGCGAUGGCAUUAAGCACUUUCCGCGGACGAGCGCGAAGACGGGGGAGGGCGUCGAAGAGAUCUUCGACUACAUCGCUCGGCGCGUAACCGCCGUUCGCGCCUUCGACUCCCUUUCGGAGGACGAGCACGCCGGCACACCUUACAAGCGAGGUCGCAAGGCGGAUCCGCCGAAGGACGUCAUCAAAGUCAACGAGCGCGAGAAACUCACAGUCGGGCAGAAGUUGAAGUCGGCGUGCUGCUCGUAG